GUGUAUUUAUGUGCAAUCAACGGUCUACUUGAAGUAGAAACAUGUUCCCUCCUUGAGACUAGUUCGAUCUUUACGCGACGACGUUAUAUUUCUAACGGAAAUCCGAAACAGUUGUUGAAGGACUUUUGCAUUGAAACAUUAUUGUAUCAAAAGCCAAGAGACAUUUUACAGAUCAUUGAAAUAUUUAUUAUUAUAGAGCAACAAUUUUAAAGCAAAUUAAGACAAGAUGUUUAUCAAGACUAUUAUAUUCAUCGCAUUUAUGUUCAUGGAAUUUACAUUUGUAAACGGUGUGGUACUACGACGCAAGAAACGCUUUAUUUUGCAACAAGACACCGUAGUUUCGCCGCCGACGACAAAGUUCCCGUUUCCAAUCCCGACGACUUAUCCUUUUCCGACCCUUCCAAACCGGAUCACUACUCCGAGAAGUACUCCUUCCCCGCAGUCUAUUUACCAACAACCAGCGUUUGGCUUGGUUGGAAUGGCUGCCGGAAGUGGAUAUGUUCCCGGAAGUAUCCCCAUUGCUGCCAUCUUGAAUUCCGUGCCGAUCAACUGCCCUAAAAAAAGGGAGGCGAGUAGUCGCCGGAUAUUAUUGGAGGAGGAAUUGAUGAAAGGGCUUUACCAGGCUUUGGUUGGUGUUCAUGAUGCGAGUACGGUCAAAAACGCACAAGAUGGAAUAAACAACGCACGCAAUACGAUUAGCUCUGCCAAGGCGUUCCAGACCAGUCCGGAGCAAAGAAACGCCACGAGUCUUGACAGAGACAUCAAAGUAUUCAAAGAUUGGUAUGAAUCUACAAGGAAAUAUGUAUUCGAUAAAAGUUCCAAACACGAAAAGGCGAGAAUGCGUGUCGGCAAAAUACACAAUCCGGAAUAUGUGGAUAGAAUGUUACAGAAACUUAACAUAACACAAUACCAGUUGAAACUUCUUCUGGGAUUAGAAAACGAGUUCAGCGACAUUGUCAUGUACCUACAGAGACGGGGUUUAGGACGACACAAACGAAAUGCAGACGGCUCCGUAUCUUCGUACUGUCAUCCCCGGGGCGCAAGCACGGCAGACGGGUUUCUGCACAUGUGCAGCGCAUGCGCACUCACGACGCAGUUCGCGGAGGACAGGUUCCCGCGCGUGAUCAGCGAGGUGGAGUGCGACAGCUCCGACUGCGACUGCUUUACUGUAAAGGGAACCGCGCACGGGCGUUGCAAGACUAUGACCCGACCUGUGAAGAUGCUGCGGAAGCGGGCGGGCAUGUGUCGACUGAUGAUCUUCAAGGGCGAGCAAGUAAUCCUAGAUGACUGGGAGAUAUACGAUCAGACCACGCGGGUAGGCUGUGAGUGCGAGAUCAACAAAAACUCUCUCUACGCCAUGUUUAUUCCCAGUGGCCCGUGACCCGGACGGAAAACCGAAAGUAGAAGGAACCUUUCUUUGAAAAUGGGACAGCGUUCCCAAUCUAAACGAAUCUUUAUUACAAGCAAACUUAUUGAGUGUAAUUUUUUUUUGAAAAUCCGCAAUGUGUUGUUUCCGUCACUUACAAAAAAAACGACGACAUAAUCUGUUAUUUAACUGCAGUGCUGGCGUCAAUACUGUUAACAUGUUGAAAUAUUUUUUAUGUCAGUUUUGCAUCACCUCAUUUGAACUCAAGUGUUUUGUUCUAUACGUAUAGACAAUUUAUUUUCGGAUUUAAUGUUUUAUAUGUGUGUUUAUUUAUCGGUCGUCCAAAGGACAUAUUCAGACUUAUACAAUGGAUUCCUACGACAUAUUGAAUUCUCGACACGUCUGAACAUUAUUGUCUAAUAAAGCAUAAUAUCGUCUGUAGGUUAUGUACGGGGACGUUCAUAGUUAUCGCAAAGAAUGGUUCAUAAUUUGGUGGCGGAAGUCAGUGUAUGUUCUUUUCUUGUUGUUAGUUUAUAUGCUUAGCGAAAUGUGUCGAUAAAUCUAGUUUCAUGUUACUGUGUGAUGCACGCAUUUCUUUUUCGGUUUCCAUCGCUAUGAAAGCUAUGAUUUUAUUCGGACAGAUAUGGAUAUGUUAGAAAAAGAUAUUUGUCAAACAAGGCUAACCUGUCGAAAACCUUGAGUUUAAUCCGUAAUCAAAUAAUUAGCAACUCUCCAUCAACUAUUGCUUGCUUCCACUUUAUUCCCUAAUGAGCAGCACCUUCUACCGUGUUGCACGUAUAUGUCUACAAGAAUGUGCCUGUGUGUGUUUUCAUUUGAUGUUUUCUGCUAUAAUUAAAUGUGCAAUACAAGUCUACAUUGGUGCAUCGUUAUAUAACAUUCAUAUAAAAUAGUUAAUAGGUUUUGUCACGUGUUUUAAUUGUUUUGUUGUUAUAAUUUAUUGGUAUGUUGAUUAUAUGAAAUGACAAAUAAAAUAUUAAAACUAUG